AUGGUCCUAGCCGCGUCGGGUAUGGCCCACGUGCCGCCGUCGUCGCCUCAAUCGCGCUCGUCGUCGCCGGCAGCCACAACGACCCCGGUUGGAGGCCCGUCGCUCGAGCUCGGAUCGGCAUUGCGUAGCAUACAACGACGCUCGAGCGAACGCUUCGACGAUGCACCAACCGGGUCCCGCUCCACCACCUCCUCCACUUCAACCGCCACGGGAUUCUCAUGGAACAUCAUCAAGAACAGCUCGGGCUCGGGCUCGUCGUCGCCUCAGCAGAUGAUGACCGCGCUCGAAGCCGACUUGCGAUUGGCCGCUCAAGUCGGGCAGGCCUUGUUGGAGGAAAAGGCGGGGUUGGAGAAGCGGUUGGCGACAGCCGAGACAGGGAACCAAAAGAUGCUCGAUCGACUGGCCACGGCCGUCAAGGAGGCUCAGCAGCUGCAAAGGGUAAGCUCACGGUGCCACUACUAAUUCGAGGCGGGCAAACGUGGGGUGAAAAAGAGGAGACCCUCUCCUGUCCGCCCCCACUUACGCUUCGGGCACCAUGAGAGAGCGGAAGGUGCCGAAUCGCUGAUCAUGAGUUUUCCUGGCCGCCAUGCAGAGACUCGAAGAGACUGUGAACAACCUCGAACAAGCUGAAGCCAACAACCGGGCCCUGCUCGUCUCGCUGGAAGAGGAUCGCAAAACCAUCACCCGACUCUCGUCCGACGCAGGUAAACUCAUUGCGACCUCGGCCUCCCUCAAAUCCUUAUCUCGUACACACGAGGACACGUUGCAGGAACUCAUCUCGGAGCGGAAACGGGCCACACACGCCGAGAGCAGGGUCAAAAAAGCAGGGGAUAGAGUGGCCGAGAUGGAGGAACGGCUCAAGCGCGCGAUCCAAGACCUCGAAGAAAUGAGGCAGGACACGGUCUUACGCAGUCGCAAAAGCUAUGAAGCGUUGGCUAAAGCCAAAGCCAAGUUUGCCUCCUCGACGGAAACCAUCUUGGGCUCGGACGGCACCGAGGUCGCGGCCAAUCCGGAAGCCGUCGAGUUGCUCAAGCUCGUCGAAGGCCUCGUCUCGGAGAACGAGAUGCUCCGGUCCGAAAGUCAAGAGCUCCAAAGUCUGCUGGACACAGCACGCGAUGGGCAACAGUCAUCCCGAUCGCCCUUCCAUGCCGAAGACGCUCCGAAUGAGGAGGACGAGUACGACGGCCACAGGAUUCCGACGGAACUGUCCUCGAACCUGAUGUCCGAGGUCUUGAGCUCGCCUUCCCUGUCCCAGUCAGCCUCGCACUCGUUCUCGGGUUUCGAAUCAUCGCUACCGUUCUCCUCGUCGUCAACCGAGGCGACCUCUUUGCAUCGUUCGACCGCAUCCCACUCGAAUCGCACCAUUGAUCUGUCGCGGACAUGCAGCGACGGGUCCGUCCACGCUUCGGAUGAACCCGUUCGACAUUCCUACUUCACACCUUUGGCCAACAGUACUUCCCGCAACACGAAUCGGAGAUUCAGCGGUACCGACCAGAUGAGCGCGGCCUUGUCAGCCGAAGGUUUGCCUACGCCGCGGAUUCCGAUCGGAAGGCGACACCACGCGCGACGAGCAAUGAGCAUCGACGUCACUUCCAUGAGCAAUAUGAUCAACUCGCGACGUAUGUCGGUGGGUGGGACACCGACUUCGCCGAACAUGGACUAUGGGCAAGAGAACCGACCGCCCUCAUCGUUGUCGAUGAACGGAAGCGAUCUCGAGGACACAACGGGCUUUGUUCGACCUCGGCGGCAUCAUCGACCACUUUCUCUCGCGCUUGGUCCACCUUUGUUUCCUCAAGUACUGGAGGACGACUCGGCUCCCUUCAAAUAUAGCACCACGGCGCGCAACUCGCCGCGCAUGCGAACUAAUCGAUCCUCGACGCCUGCUGAGGUCUCGACACCCUCGGGCCCGAUCUCGCCGACGAAACGAAGGCGCACGCUGGGGUUAUCGCCCGACGGUCGUUCAGCCCUGGUUGACUCGGGAACACAGACUUCGCCGGCGCCCGUGCCCGUGCCUAUCAUCUAUCACCCAACGACAUCAAUCCCGCGACGGGGCAGCUUCACAUCGUCCUCUCGCAGCGUCUCACCUCGGCUCGGGAGCGACCUUCCACGAUCGAACACAACAGUCUCCGACCUCUCGGACACGGACCCUUCACCCAAAACCGACCAACUCGUGCCCACGUCGUCGAUGGAGAUGCGAACCGCAGCUUUGAGCGGCUUGAUCGACCAUGCGACACGAUUGUUUACGAGGAUACAGGCCGCCGAUAUUGCGUCGCAGGAGAAUCGACUCAAGAAACAACACCUUUCGGGAGAUGUGCGACACGUCGCGUUGGCGAACAUGAAAACUCUGGUGAGUCGGUCAGCUGUUGAGCUGCGUAGAGCGCGCUGCAGAAUCUUUUGCUGACUUGCUCCGAGGAAUGGAAUGCACCAGGUCCACGACAUUGAAGAGCUACGAGCCCAUUUCAGAAGGGUGUUAGAGCGGGAACGAUCCGGAGCCGGAAGGGAUGCAAUGGCUUCAAAAGCACCGGGCGACGUUGCCUCGACCGAAUCGAUGGUCCUGCGCCGAGACUUUGUCGCACUCGUCAAGCUGUUCCGUGACCUCUUGUUUGAGCUCUCUCGACUGCGGACGCUGGUCAACAGGGUCGAGGUGGAACCUCAUCUCGCUACGAACCUGCGGAAACUCGACGACCCGAGCGUGAUCGAUCUCGUGCAAGGCAAGUUGGCGACGCCUACGAGCAGCAGCUUCCUCUCGCCUCUGUCGCGGUUCAUCCCCUCAGCUCUGAUGCCGGGUAGUGAAGCCUCAGCGAGUACCGGUGCACCACCUACUCUGGCAGCUCCGGGAAGGAAGGCUAGUCCUGCUGCCCCAAUCCCUACAACCCGAACCGCACCAAAACGAUCAGGCGUUAGCGCCGUUUCAUCUGCGACCGUCGAAGUCGAAUUUGGCAAAGGGGGAGCCGUGCGACGCGCUGCUCAAACUGAUCGGCCUGGCGAAGAAGGGACCGGCGUGGAGGCCAACGCUUCCCCCUCGAGUGCGAUCAGCGCCCAUGUUCAAGGGACGAGUGGCCGACGCACCGGCUCCCAGGUCAAGCGUGAUCUCAACAGCAUCUUCGCGGGAGCUUCGAACGUGCCUCCACCUUCUUCCAAACCUUCGGAACCAUGGAAACUCCUUUCUCGAGGCAACCCAGCGAACUCGACAUCGACUUCGGUCGCAGGUUCAUACAAUCCUUUCAACCGUCUCCUCGCAUCUUACCGUCCCUCCAUGUCAAGUACUACCAACGCUGUACUCGACUCGAUACCUCAUGCCCCCGGCCCGAACGAAGAAGGUGCCGCUCCAAUGCCGACGCUGUUAGAACGCCAACUCCGCCCUCGAGGACUUUCGGACUCGUCGAUCCGCAGUACUUUUGUCGCGCAUGCAAAUCCUCAUCAUCGGAUCCUCUCACCCGCGACUUUAGCUCUUUCGAGUGACUCGACCUCGGGCCAAGUUGUUGCAACGCCCCUACCCAUCCCCGUCAUCGCCAACAGUAUUCCUGACACGGAUGGAGCAAGUUGUUCGCGCCCUUCAUGGAAACAACAACUGACAGACUCGCUCCUCGCCACCACGCCCGUCGGUCGACGACCCUCAAUGGCUAACUUGCGUUCCCAACGUUCCUCAAGUCAACUAAGAAGCGUUUCUGCACCUCAUCCUUCAGGAGAAGAGGAUAUACCUCCCGUUCCAAGUCUCCCGGCGAUCAUUCCCCCUCCCACUAGUAUCCCCAUUAAGAUCCACCGCUCGCCGUCAUCCCCUUCCGCCUCUACGCCAAGAACGACAAGCUCAUUCAUCGCCGUUCCUGUUCCAGCGAGCGCCAAAGACGGUCCAAGUUCCUUCCUAGGCUCGUUAACGACUUGGGCGACUUCGAAAGACACCGGGACCGGCGUUGGUUUGGUGGGUUCCUGUCAAGGCCAAGGGGGUUUCGCGGAUCGGGAAAGGAGAGGGAUGGGUUUGCAUUAG